CAUCAUUCACUUUCUUCAUUUGCUGACUAACUGUUGACUUGUCGUGUUCGCCAAAGAAGGAUUAGCGCAUAUAUAUCGCCAUAAGCUGCGAAUCUCAAUCUCAUUGUCUAAAUGUUUUCCAUCCAUCGAGGUGCUACGCGACUGUAUCCCACUGUACUUAGCAUUGCGAGAAUGAGCCAAGUUGGUGAGCUGGGAGCGGGUGCAGGAAAGGGUGGUGGUGGCGGUGGAACCAUCCGAGAAGCAGGCGGAUCAUUCGGUAAAAUGGAAGCAGCUCAUGAGGAAGAAUACUUCCACAGGCAGCAACGAGAACAGCUGCAGAAGUUGAAAACAAAAACGGAAACCGAUGUGUCGAAAACGCAGGAAGGCGCAAAAAAGUAAACAUGACGCUUCAUUAUGAAGGACUGAGUUAAACAUAAAUCGAUAAUGAUGCGCUCUCAAGCGUUUGUAACAAUUAUAAAGUAUAAUAGUCUCUGA